AUGGCUUCAAUCAAUCUGUCAUCUCGUACCGACGCACCGGCUGCAUCCCCACUAAGCACCAAAAUCCCCAAGCUCGAACCUCGCCGCCGCCGUGGAGCUCCCUCCAACCCUACCCCUCGCCCGGAGACGCCUGCGUUACCAUCACCACCCGAUCUCCCCGCCCAUGCGUACACGACACCCUCGAGACGGAUUCUGUCCCAAAGAGACCAUGAGCUGUUCCUUUCUUCGCCAACCUACAGCCUGAUCCUAGCCUUCGUAUUUGGCCUUUCCGAGGCCGUUGAAAACACCCCGCGCUCCGCCAUCAAAGAAAGCGAACUCAGCCCUUCCGUGCGCUCGAUUCUCGAUAUUCUGGACGAAGCCGACGGCCUCGUCAAGGAUUCACCCCCCAGCGAUCAAGGCGGCUCGCGCUUUGGUAACAAGGCUUUCCGGACGUUCCUAGACUUGGUGAAGGUGAAGACACCGGGAUGGCAAACACGAUUGGGCGUCUCCGACGCUGCGAACGAUGAGGUAGCGGUCUACUUGGAGCAUUCAUUUGGAAACAGGAUGCGCAUCGACUACGGCUCUGGUCAUGAGCUUAACUUCAUCAUGUGGCUCCUCUGCCUCUAUCAGCUGCGAAUCCUAACAAGAGACGACUUCAAGCCUCUGGUACUGAACGUCUUCAACCGGUACCUGGAACUCAUGCGAGACGUCCAGUUGACAUACUACCUGGAGCCUGCCGGCUCACACGGUGUUUGGGGGCUGGACGACUACCAGUUUCUUCCCUUCUUAUUCGGCUCCUCGCAACUCCUACAUCACCCGUUCAUCACACCUUUGGCCAUCCAUCAGGAGUUGACAUUGGAGGAGUUUGGUGACGAUUUCUUGUACCUUGGACAGGUGAACUUUGUCAACGGUACCAAGACAGUAAAAGGCCUGAGGUGGCAUAGCCCCAUGUUGGAUGACAUAUCUGCCUCCAAGUCGUGGACCAAAGUUGAGGGCGGGAUGCGGCGAAUGUUCGUUGCAGAGGUUUUGAGAAAGCUGCCCGUGAUGCAGCACUUCUUGUUCGGUUCUCUGAUUUCGGCGGUGGAUGGGAUGAGCACAGAGGAAGAGUUCGGGCUUGGACACGAAGAAGAUGAAGCGGAUGGAGGUGAGAUCUCAACUGGCCAUACUGGGAAUCACAAGCAUCAACACGUGGGAUGGGGCGACUGCUGCGGCAUCAAAGUCCCCAGCAGCGUAGCUGCUGCUCAGGAAAUGAAGAAGAGGGGCACUCAAGAAACCCUUCGCAGGAUACCUUUCGAUUAG